AUGACCUUGCUUCGCUUCCGUUCCGGUCCCGCUCGAGCGUCGCCCCGUAGAAGUGUCUAUCAGAGGUUUUUGAAGCCGUUCGUUUUCCCGUUUGUUCUGCUUCGCCGUCUGCUACCAUUCAAGUUCUUCCUUUUCGUUGUGCAUCCACUCUUCUCCAUUCUCUACUUCCUCCACCAGACGCCGUCGUACAGCCAAGAGCACUUGGCGAGUCUCGACACGUUUCUAGGCUGUUCCCCAGCAGACCUUCUCCACUUUCUCUCUUCCUCUCUCCUUAUCCUCUCCAACAAUGUAGUCCUUUCCUUCUUUUCUCUGUCUCUGGACUUUGGUCGGUGCUUGGUGGCGUGCCUGCGCCUGCUGCUGGUCUGGGCGAACUUUUUGUGGCCGUACUGCCGUCCUGUGCUCCUCCACUUGUGGCAACUCUAUCUGGAUCUCCCUCGAAUUUACCAAGCAACUGUUGCCGGCCUCGUCUUCUCGGCUCUCCUCCUCCUUUUCCUCCACCUCAACGGGACGCUCUCGCGCGGUGCCGCUGCGCUCCGCCGGACCGGGCGCCGGAUCAGCCGUACGUACACCCGCGUAACGGCCUUUGUCGCUGCGUCGGCGCCCUUCGUUCUUGCUUGUCUGUUCUAUUUUGGGCUCCUCCUCAUUUUGGGGCCUCGCCGACGCGAACAACUGCACACGCUGCAACAUCUGCUGUGGUACCCCCUCGCCAUCGUCGGAACAGCCUCCUGCUUCUGGCGGUUUGUCUACUUGCCUCGGCUGCAUCCUGUUUUGCUGUUCUGCAAAACCCAAGCGCCCGUCCCUGGCGCCCAGGGAGCGGAACAGCCCUCGAAGCAGCUAGCGGGGGUCUGGGACACCGGCCGGUCUUCCGCGUCGUCGGCUGCUGCACGCGCCUCGGCGCCUCAACAGGCAGACGGGACGAAGCAACCCGCACGUGAUCGGAAACAGGGGGAGGCAGUGACGAAUUUGCACCCAAAAGGCACACAGCAGAAAGGACGCGCGUCUUCCCAUGCAGCCGUCUCCCGCGAGAACUCGUGGGUGCCGUUUCAGCGGUGGACCUCGUGGAGAUGGUCCAGCAGCGAAAUUUCUUCUUCGGUGGAACAGACUCCAUGCGAUCAAGAAGAUGCGGGAGUGCCGGGUGCGACGGUUGCCGGCGAGAGCCCGCGCGUGGGGCGCGAUGCAGGCCCAGCGACGGUCUCCGGACUGGCGAACGCCAAGGCGAUUGCUGCGGAGACGAGAAACGCCUGGAUGCGAAUCACUUUUUGGCUCGAAGUGUGGGUUUUCAUGACCACGUGCAACUUUGUCGCCUGGCUGCCUCUGGUGAACCGUUUUGCGCCACUCGGCGACUGUCUCGUUCACCACGUUCUCUCGCUCUUUUUCAUUUUGACGGUGAUUUCUGGAGGGCCCACUCAGGCAACGAUCCACCAGGCGGCGUUCCGCUUGAUUCGCGGCCUGGCUGCACUUUUGUCGGCCGUCUCGUCUCAACUGUUUGGCGUCGCGCUUGUUCUCCCCUCCCACGGAGCAGCCGACGCAAAGGGCCAGGGAGGACCAGGGAUUUUCUACUUUCCUGAUGCGACUCCGACAGCAGUCUCUUCUCCCUCUUCCCUUCCCGAGAAUUCCGUCCGUCGGGGUGUUCGGCAGGUGUUCUCCUUUUUCCUUCCUUUUGUCUCCGCUUCGAGCCUCUCGUUCACGGAUCCGGACCCGCAGGCGUCUCCGACGCCGUCGCCUCCCGCUCGAGCGUUCUCCUCGCCCCUGGUCGCGUCAACUCGAACCUAUGCAGCGAAUGCGAUCUGCCAGGCUCUAGGAUUCAGUUCGGAGUCUUGGCUGUCGGGACUCCUCUCUCUGCUCCUUCACCUUCCCCAAGCGCUUCUCGUUCUCCUCCCCGAAUUCCUUCUGACGCCCGCUCUCGCCUACCUACGCGCAGGGCGACCGCUCUUUGGUGCAGUCGUGUCGCUGAGCGCUCCCGGCCCCUCCGCGCUGCCAGAGAGGCUGUACUGGCUUCUCUAUUUUCUGGCGUCUUCAGGCGUGUCCAUUCUGUACGUUUCCCUACGCGAACACAACCUGCUGCGGUACAUGCCGUUCCAGUCGUCCUUUCUUCUUCUCGCGAUUGUGGCCAUGCAAACCGCCGUCAAAUUCUUCGCCAAGGGCGCGGAAGUUCGCGUGCGCGUCCCCGAAAAAAGAGAGAGUCUGUGCGCGCCUUCGCCGCGCGCCGCCCACCCCGCUUCUCCCGUGUCUCAGGAGCCGGAGACGGCGCCCGGAGGAGGCAGGGGAGGCGCGGUGUCCCAGGUGGGGACGGAAGAGAGGGGUUGGGACUGCGGAGCGCAGGCAAGUGCAGCAGGGAGAAGCACAUUGUUCCCCUUCUUCCGGCGGCGCAGCCCGACAAGUGCAGACAAAAGUGUGCGCGGUACCGGCGGUGAUGUCGACUCUGGAGAAGCCUCAGUGGCAGCCGCCCCGGUGGCUGGACGGCGCGAGAGUCGCCGUCAGAGUGUCCAGACAUCUCCGGAAGGGAGGACAGAGCGAGAAGACAGAGACAGGUCGGCGAGGCGUGAGUCUCCGGCGUCAGACGGGUUGCCGCCGAGCCGUGAGGCGGCGUCGGCCGGGAAACCGGAUGUGGGCGACGGACUCGAGGACGGGGAGCGUGGCGACGGGAAACCGGACGAGCGGAAUUCAUCGAGGGAGAGAGGCGCUUCGCAGGCGCCAAGUGAGCGGAACUCGACCACGCUGGGUGAACCUGCCAGGCGUUGGGCUGACGAGGAGGUCAGCAGCGAGGACGACGGCUUGGGCGCGGGGACACAGACGUGCUUCCGAGGGAGUGAGGCAGCGAGGCGUUUUCGCGGGCUUCCGAAACAAGCGGGGCCAGCGGACCGAGCGGGGAAAGCUGUCUGGCGACCGCGCUCCGGGGAGGCCUGCACGAAGAAUGUGCGAGAAGAGAGAAAUGGCCGAAGCCGUCAAGGGCGACCGGACGCGCCUUGUCUCGAGAAGGGGUCAGUCGGGACUCAAGUGGAGGGACGAGAGCCGCAGUUCGGCAAGAGGGGAGGAAAGACUGUGGGGAAUCGCAGCAAAGACUCCACGUUCAGGGGCGACGGAUCGCCCAGCGAAGCCCUAGAGACGCAGAACGCGACAGAGAGAAGAGGGGCGAGGCCAGGCACGCCUGCGAGUCAGGGGGAGAGGGAGUCUGUCCGGGGGCUGGAGCAGCGGCGCCACGAGGUUUUGGACAAAAGGCAGGCGGCGAGUCAGAAAGGACGGAGCGACAGCGCGUUCGGGCGAGGACCUCGGGAAGACGCUUUGCACGAGUGGAACCUUGUCGAUGAUGAUUUGAGUGACGAAUAG